AUGGCGGUGGGCGUGGUGGGCGUCGAUUGCGCGGCGAGUAGGCGGCGCUGCGAGCGCGGCGAGCACGUCGCGGAGCAGUGGCGCGGCUGUGGGCGCGAGCAGCGAGGCGAUGUGGUGGAGCGAGGUGGUCUGCGCGGCAACCUAGGAGGCAUCUCCUUUAGAGUGGUUGGAGUGUUUUUGUUAGUUCCAAAAGGCUUGUUGCUGGAGACGCCUUCAUUUUCCUCAGGACUUGUUGGUAAAGUGGACUUCACUGUCAGGCACCUAUUUUCAUCAGUCCAGAUAUUUCCAAACUCAUUCUCUGGAUUCUCAAGUGGCCAGCCUUCAAUUAGUCCUUUGACUCGUAAGUGUGUGGCUUCUACUGCACCGGCUAACUCAGUGUUGAAGUCGCUUGUUCUUCUUGUUGCAACAAUGUUCUUUUCAUAG